AUGAACAAAGGGUAUUAUUUAUCUGUGGAAUCGAUCUCCGCAGCUGCAGGUGAGACGAGUGGAGUCCGGGCCCCGGGCUCUCUGCGGCGGCGCGUCGCGUCGCAGCGGCGGAGAGCGGCGGAGAGCGGCAGUGAGGCCGCGUCGCCGGCCGCAAACCCACCCCGAGACCGCAUCCCGCGACCGUAUCUCUCGACCGUGUCUCGCACCCCGCUACCAGCCUCUCUAGGAGCCCGCAACGCUCCCAUCAGUUUCCAAGAAGCCGUUUCUUCAUGUCUCUAUUUUUCAAGUUCAGGAAUAACGCUGGGCAACUGUUCCGUCCGAGGCCGCGCUCACGGAAAAUGGCUGUUAAUAGGUCUACUUCCACCUGAAUGUUUGUAA